AUGUUCGAUCAAUUCCUGUUGGUAGGAAUUCCACCAACAGGAACGCCAAAUGAUAAGCCAGCAGUACUUGCCGCAUUUCCUCCUUGCGAAAUUUCCGGUCUACCAUUUGGUGUUCUGAUUGAUUACGCACUUCCAAACGGAACCAAGCCAGAAAAACAACCAGUUUGUGAAAAACUCAUAUCAGACAUGUUUGUUUUUACAAUAAAUUCAUGCCAGCAUCGAUUUUACGGUUCAACAUUAAUUCUCAAUCCAACUCAACCGCCUCUUCCAUUCUACGUUUCAGAAUUUACAAAGAAUACACUAUUUGCAUUCGUUAUCAUUUCAAGAAAUGAAUAUAUUUCUUCACAUUUAACAUUCUUGUCAUUUCUGGCUCUGUUUUCAGCGGGCAAAAUACCAAAUCCUAACAUAUUAAGCCCGAGAUUAAGACCAGAACAUCAUCCUUCUGAUCAAAAUGAAGGUUUUAAAAUUACAAAUUACAUGGCUCAUCAUCCAGACAUGCCAUUACUUAUGUUCUUCUCUGACCAGAUACACGCUUAUUGCAAAUAUGCAAUUGAAUCAGAGCCUCUUCAGUUGGCACCAAAUUUUGCGAUAUCUAUACCAAAGGAACAAUGCGAAUUCCUUAAUUGCGCAAUAUUCGAUACUUUCUUCUCCAGCCUUACAAUUGAGAACAUUAUCUCUCUUGUAACUGCUUUAUUACUUGACAGACAAAUUGUUGUUUUCGGAUCGAACUUCCAGCAAGUUUCAUUAGUAGUUUUGUCAUUACUACAACUAAUUCAUCCUGUAAAUUAUGUAGGAACAGCAAUUCCUGCUUUGCCAAAUUCAUCAAAUUAUUUGACACUUCUUGAAGCUCCAACGCCAUUUAUUAUCGGUUGUAAAACUUGUGACCAGCUCACAAACAUAGAAUUUGAUGAAACAGCUGUGUUUGUUAACAUGGAUGCCAGACAAAUUGAAUUUGUGACUCCUUUACCAAAUUAUCCAAGUUCUGAGUCGAUAUUAAGGAAGCUUAAGAGACUUGUAUCAAACAGUGCGAGGUCUAAACUCCAUUCUCUUUCUUUUCCUUUCUUUUAUCGAUCAUCUCUUCGUCAGAACCUUGUUUUCUCCAAAUCAACAGUUUCUGAGAUAUCUAAUAUCUUUAGAAAGCCAUUAUCUUGUCUUUAUACUGAAGAAGUUUAUCCUUAUUUCAUAUCUGAUAUAAAUCAACAGCAUGUGACCACAGAAUUCAACAAAGAGAUAUUCUUAUCAAUGAGAGAACCUGAAGAACGUACUUUCUUUGAAGAACUUUUCAAUUCCCAGUCAUUUAAUACUUAUAUCCAGGAUGUUCUUUCUAAAUACGCUGAAGAAAGAGGACAGAGUGUCUCCAGCAAGAAGAGACGUCCAUUGAUGAGGAGGCAAUCUUCAAGAAAGAUCAGUAUCGACUUCCUUCAUCUUUAA